AUGGCAGAUAGCAAGACUCUCACAGCAGCAUGCCACUGCAAAAGCAUUCACUUCGCCAUAACAAUUCCCACAGAUGCCCUCCCCCUCAAAGUCCACAUAUGUCACUGCAGCGUCUGCCGUUACACUCAUGGCACACCAUGUAUCUUCCAUGCUCCGCUACCAGCAGGCAUAGCGCCGCAGUUCAUUAUUCCGUCCAGCAUAGACAAACUGACACUCUACAACCACGCCGAGUCCCAGGGAACGCGACAUUUCUGCAGUACUUGCGGCUGCCAUAUUGGGGAUAGAUCACACGACGACAGGAGCUGGGUGUUAUCUACGGCUAUCUUCACUGAGCCAAACCAAGGUCUAUGGAAGAUGCGUUCGCAUAGUUUCACAAAUUCCUCGCUUGAUGGAGGGCUUUCGGCGAUGUUGUCCCAUAUUGAUGGUCACCAGCUUGAAGUCUUUAACUCGGAGACAUCACUACAUGCUAGCAAACCUGGAGACAGUACCAGAAUAGAUACAGUCAAAACCGAGGAGAGGUUGCACGCUGAAUGUCACUGCGGCGGCGUUUCGUUCUCUAUCGCCCGUCCCAGAAAAGAAUUCCUUGCUAGUCCUGCGAGCGAGGGAUGGGUUUUGCCAAGAGAUACGAGCAAGUGGCUUGCACUUCUUGAUAUCUGUGACGACUGUCGCCUGGUCGAUGGGUCGAAUGUUGUAGCUUGGAUAUUCGUUCCAGUUGAUCACAUAUCCCCUUCUCCACCGGGAGAUUUGAUUAUUGGGUCGAUGAAAAGUUAUAAGUCUAGUGAAGAGGUACUACGGACAUUCUGUGGCACGUGUGGCGCGACGGUGUUUUAUAGCUGUACCGACCGGCCGGGGAUAGUUGAUGUGGCGGUUGGCAUUUUGCGUGCACCGGAGGGGGUGAUGGUUGAGAAUUGGGCAUUGUGGAGGAGGAGGAUUAGUUCUGGGGGUGAUGGAUUGAAGUAUGAUCCUGAUUUUAGUAGAGCGUUGAUUGAGGGAUUGGAGGUAUGGGGGAGCGAGAGGGGUAUGCCGGAGGAUUUUCUUCUCCCACGAGUGUAG